AUAUAUGUAAAGUGCAAUAGGAGCAUUCUUGAAUUAAGAAGACAAAAACUAAUAUAAUUAACAGUGCCGCCUUGAGAAAUUUCACGUGUGCGUAUCCGGUGGAAGUGAAAGUGGUAUCGUUUAUCGAGAGCAUCCAAGAAAAGGUCUAUUUCCAUCCCGAUCGGUCAGAUAGAAACGUUUGUUCCGGUCUGGUGGUCUCACCAACAGCGCGCACUGAUACAAUUUCAGUGGAUGGGAAAAGGAUCAACGCUAAUCCACGGACCAGAAUGAAGGAGAUGGUCGGUGGAUGUUGUGUCUGUUCAGACGAUCGCGGCUGGUCGGAAAAUCCGCUAGUGUACUGCGAUGGUCAAAGCUGUGCCGUGGCCGUGCACCAGGCGUGCUACGGUAUCGUAACCGUACCGAGUGGACCUUGGUACUGUCGGAAGUGUGAAAGUCAGGAGCGUUCGGCCCGGGUCCGUUGCGAGCUGUGUCCAUCGCGCGAUGGCGCGCUCAAACGAACGGACAACCAGGGAUGGGCGCAUGUCGUCUGCGCGCUGUACAUCCCCGAGGUGCGCUUCGGUAACGUGACGACGAUGGAACCAAUCAUCCUGCAGUUGAUCCCACAGGAGCGGUACAACAAAACAUGUUACAUCUGUCAGGAGGUUGGAAAGGGAUCCCGUGCCACCGUUGGAGCCUGUAUGCAGUGUAACAAAUCGGGCUGUAAGCAACAGUUUCACGUCACCUGUGCCCAGCAGUUGGGUCUACUGUGCGAGGAAGCCGGCAACUAUUUGGACAACGUCAAAUACUGCGGUUACUGUCAGCAUCAUUACAGCAAGUUGAAAAAAGGAGGCAACGUGAAAACAAUUCCACCGUACAAACCGAUCAGUCACGAAGCCAACUCAAGCGAUGGUCAAUCGUCGCCGGAAAAAGAAAUGGAACCACCGUCGACGCAGCCACACUCGAGCGCCAAUGCUGCUGGUUCGAGCGGAACAGGCGGCAGUAGCAGUGGUGCAGGUGGAGGCAGCAGUUCGAGCAGUGGGCUUAAAUCCAGCAGUCGGUUAUCCGGUGAACCGAAUAUCGGUGGUUCAUCGUCUACCUCCUCCUCUUCAUCGUCAUCAUCCUCUAAGCAGCGAAAGUCUUCGAGUGCGUCGAAAAGCUCGAGUGGUUCCAGCUCCAACCCUUCGCUCUCGUCGUCUUCUUCGUCUUCGAUACAAACGACCGGUGGAGGAGGUUCCGGCAGUGGACCCGGUAUGUCCAGUUCUUCAUCGAUGUCAGCGCUAUCUUCGACGGCUUCGUCCGCUUCAUCGGGCAUUUCAAGCCUGUCCGGAAGUGGUAGUAUUGACGAUCGACGCGUGGGUAACAGUAGCAGCGGAAUCGGUGGCUCUGGCGUAACUGGAAGUGUCAGCAGUAGUGGAAAUUCGAGCAAGAGCAGUUCCGGUUCGUCCGGUGGAACUGGUGGAAGCGGUAAUUCGGGCAGUACCUCGAAGGAAAAGGAUAAAUAUAGCAAAAGUCGCGACAAAAGCUCCAAGUCAUCGAAAUCAUCAAGCAGCAGUGGUGGCAACAGUGGCACGAGUGGCGGAAGUGCGGGCAAUUUUAACAAUAGUACAAGUACCAGUAAUAGUUCUGUCGCUGGAAGUUCAAACCAGUCGAAAGAUGUGGAUAUGAGCGCAGCAUCCGGACCGUCUUCGGGUACGACCGGUUCGCUUGGUUCUAGUGCGUCCUCGCAAUCUAUAUCGCAAAGCGGAUAUUCGUCGACCGCUGGCGGUGGCGGAAAUGCGCCUGGUAGCGGCAGUACGAACAGCUCCACCAAACAUCACUCGGAUAAAUCGGAUAAAGGUAGUACCAGUCAAGGGGGAUUACUAUCCAGUAAUGCGAGUGCCGGAUCGGGACGAGCUUCUUCUUUGUCGCCUCCAAGUACGCUAAUAAUUAAGGCACCGCUGGAUCAUUCCGGUGGUAGCGGAAAGGAACAAUUGUCCAAGGAAGCAAUUGCUAAACUAAGCACCUCAAGUAAUUUUACCGAAACAAUCGUGGUCAAUUCGGAAUCGGUGUACAAUCACGUUGGUUCGACCGGGAAUACUGGUUCCACGUCCGUCAUCGAAAGCGGCAAGCUGGCAAUGGGAACGGGAUCUGGUGGUGCUUCCGGAGGUGGUUCGUAUGGUGGUAGCAGUACGGGCAGUGGUACCACGACCGGGAGUACUAGCGGAGGUAAGAAACGAAAGGCCGAUGCACGCUCCACACCAACUUCAACCGCGGGAACCAAUGAGAUGGAGUCUAGCCGUGACCUGAUAAGGGAUGUCGCAGUGUCGUUAGUGCCAUUGUCGCUGAAUAAAAACGAUCAUAUUGAUCCUUCGUCGCUUGUAGGACACGAGAAAAAUGUAAAGAAGGCGAAAACCGAAACCAGCUCCUCGCUGCAACAUCCGACCACGGCAGCGGCCGCGGCGACGGUGCCCGCUCCGGAACCGAAUCUGCAGAAUGUUGCACCAAACCUCAUCCAAUCGACGCACACAUCGAGCAUCAUUUCAUCAUCGGCAGCCACCACCGGAAAGCAUCAGCAGCAGCAACAGCAUCAACAGCAAACGCCUCACUCGCCUCAGCAGCCAUCAUCGCACACACCGAGCCUGGUGGUGUCGGUACCACUGUCGACGGCUACCGUACCUGGAGUUAAUCUACCCGCUAGUAACAGUAGUAAUAGCAGUAGCAGCAACGUUAAUCAUAGCGCUAGUCUUAGCAGCAGCAACAGUAGCAACAAUACCCCGAACAUUGUGUCACCUGGACAGUUGGGUAACAGCGGCAGCGGGAACAGUAGUAGCAUCGGCAACACUGGAGGCAAUGUGUACCAACAGCUUUCACACCGGGCCGGUGAUCAGUUGAUGAAUGCCAACACGAGCCGCUCUAGUCCCGUGAUACAGCAGCAAACGACGGCCCAGAACAUUAUACAGUCGUCUUCCUCCUCAUCCGCUGCCGGUUCCGCGUCUUCGUCCACACUGAUCGGUCAUCAUCAUCACGAGCGGCAAUCACCGUCGAUGCGAUCGUCACCGGCCGGACUGUCGACCGCCGGUGGCGCUAACGUUAUCACCUCACUGCAUCACAGUCAAUCACAGCAGUCGGAUCUGCUGUCCCCGGCCGGUGCGGCCGGCGGUUCCGUGCUGCAAAGCAUUUCACCCGUCCCGAUGAGCACGAUCCAACGCACGUCCUCGCCGUCGACACUGCUGGGUGGCGAUAACAGUAACAGCAGCAGCGGAGGAUUAAAGUUCGGCUAUGAAAAGCAACCACCUACGACGAAUGCCCGGAUAGCGGCCAUACAGGAAGAGGAAUCUUCGACCGGUCGGCGAUCCAGGUACGGAUCACACUCGAGAGAGCGCAGUGGAGGCAAUGGUGGUAACAACACUACUGGUACUACUAGUGGUACUGGUAGCGGCAGUGGUGGUGGUGGUAGUGGUGGCGGAAAAACCCGCACUUCUAAGAAGCGUUCGCAACAGCAACAACAAUCACAGCUACCACCCGAUCGAGGAUCACCUUCGAUAGUGGUAGAAUCUUCCUCGACCAGAGGAACCAAUCGUAACCUUUCAUCUUCAUCACCAUCGCGACCGCCAUCACAUGACAGUGGUGGGCAAUCAUACCCGUACGGCGGGGUAGUGGAUCGUAACACCGAGGAUCAUCAUGUAUCGCAAUAUCAUCAGUCAUCUUCGGGCGGUAGCAAUGCACCACCGGCGGGUGGUAAUAAUGCUAGCAAUAAUGGCAGCGUGCUCUCCAUGGCAGCCGGAACCGGUUCGGCCACGGCUUCGGUUGUUGUAGGGAACUCGUCCUCACAGAACAACCAUCACCAUCAUCAUCAGCAUCUGGCGCAGCAUCAACAGCACUCGCAUCAUCACCAUCACCACCACCAGCAGCAGCAACACCAUCAUCACCAUCAGCAUCAUCAUCAUUCGCAGCAUCAACAGCAAACGGUCGCCGCGUCGAUGGGUGAAAAGCUUUCCUCGGGCGGUGCUUCAGUAGCUUCGCUUCCCUACUCUACGGGCAGUUCUCACUCCGCGCAGUCUCAGCACUCAGCUAACAGCAGCGCUGCCAAUGCCACAUCCACCAUCUCAUCUAUUGCUUCUUCCGUCGGUGUUGCUGCUGCUGCUGCUGCUUCUGUUGCUAAUGCUUCAAAUGCACCAAUGUCUACUUCUUCUUCUACUCACUCUAACAACUCUUCCACUUCUGCUGCUGCUGCCAGGGUCGAAACUGGAUCUUCCUCCGGUGUGCAUCCGGUCAUUGAGAUGGCGGGACAUGGCUAUCACGGUGGUAGUGGGAUCAUUGCGGGAUACUCUCACAGCGCUAGUUCCAGUAGCAGCAACACGGCUGGUGUCAGCAAAUCUAAUCAGAACACCAAUAACAGCAGCAGCACCACCGCUGACAACUUUCAUCAGCACCCUCAUCAACAGUAUCAUGCCGGCGGGGGUUCUGGUUCACACGGUGUACUAACCAGUGCCGGUCCCACCAUGGGUGGUGGCGGUAAUAACAUCAGCGGCAGUAGUAUCGGCAACAACAGUGUGAACAGUAGUAUUAGUAAUAGUAGCAACAGUAACAGCAGUAUCCUUAGUAGCAAUAAUAACACCUCCACCAUCACCACCACAAGCAGUAGCACUAGUGGCAGUAACAGUAACGGCAAAAACACCACCAUCAUCAGUAGCAAUAGCAGCAACAUGAGCGGCACCACCAACAGUAACACUAACAGCACCGGAAACAACCAUAAUCUAUCUAACAGUAGCAGCAGUACCAUCGUAACAGCCGCUACUCAUCCGAACAAAAAGCACCGUGGGGCUUCGCACCAUCAAACAAUCGUUGAACUUUCGCCAUCACCAUCUACUUCCAGAACGCCGGAAAUGAUUGUAUCCAGCGGCGCACCCUACAGCAUGAACUCAACACUGACGGCGCCUUCGUCGUCCUCCUCUUCCCUGUACGGUACUGCCGGAGGUGGUGGUGGUGGAGGUGGCUUGAAGUUCUCGUACGAAGCACAGCCAACGAAUCCGUUGGCGACCGUAUCUACCGCUUCGAUGAUCGGCAAUAGCGGUAGCAGUAGUGUUAUUGCCGUUCCCCAAGUCAAGGAUUCGCCACCGAGCUCUCCCGGAUCGGAUGCUGGCGGUCCGUCUGGCACUGCGAUCGUUAGUGGUCGUGGCACGAAACGUAACCGUAAGAUGUCCUCCAAUACGGGACCGGGUGCAGCAUCGACAGCUCCAGGCAGUGGGCCAUCGAUUGUACCAGCGUCCAUAGUAGCCGGUGGCGCAAUAAACGAUGCGAAGGAUGGGAAACUGUUCCAAAACGGGGGUAGUAGUGCCGUCGGAGGUGGUUCAGUGGUUUCCGCCACCCAUAUGCUGGGCAAUCAGCUGAAUCCGAGCAGCAGCGUGGCACAGAAAAUGUCCGACCAGUUGAGCAUGGAGAUCGAGGCACAUACCUAUGUGCCCGGUCCUAUCGAUUCCGUGCCGUCGUUAAUGGGACCACAGUUCCCGGGAAAGAAUCGCACAAACAAUCCGCAACCGGUGAUGCCGGUUGGAGGUGGUGGUAACUCGUUAAGCUCCAUGUUAACAGGCGGUGGUACGGCGACGGCGAAUGGAAACACUCCGCAAAGCUUGGAACAACUGCUGGAGCGGCAAUGGGAGCAAGGAUCUCAGUUUCUUAUGGAACAAGCGCAACACUUCGACAUUGCCUCUCUGCUUUCCUGUCUUCAUCAGCUGCGAAGUGAAAACAUCCGUUUGGAAGAGCACGUCAACAAUUUGGUUGCACGAAGAGAUCAUCUGCUGGCGGUAAACGCUCGGCUAGCCAUACCGCUCAACCCAACGGCUGCCCUUGGAGGUGUUGGCAUCAUCGGAGGAUCGGGUGGUUCCGGCCCAGGUGGCGGUGGUGUAGGAUCCGUCGGGGGAGCUGGAAUUGGACCCGCCCAAGGACAAUUUAACAACAUUCAUGGUAAUGGUCCGAUCGAUGCUAACGUGAUCACCAACGCCGCAACAAUCUCGAGCCGGUCUAGCAGGGGGCAGCACGGGCCGAAUCAACCGCCCGCCCAAGGUCCCCCCAGUCACUUUGGGUCCGGUGCCGGCAGCAAUGCCGGUGGGCUGCCCCAGGAAAAUGGUAUCGAUUUUCGGCACACCAAUUCCUCCCAUUCGACCACAAAUAGCGCUUCGAUAAGGCGUAACUCACCUUCGAAUCAGCCGUACGCCGCAUCCUCGGCAGGGGUCGGUGGAUCCUCGCGAGGAUCAUCUACAGCAUCCUCGUCCAACAGCAGCGCACCUGUUGGGGGCGGAAGUGCUAGUGAAGCGCUCCCUUCCACGGGGACGGCACGAGCCAACACGAUGCGAUCAUCAGCCGGACCGGGCAGUGUGUCCACCGCCAAUAGCAGCAGUAGUGCGAGCAGCAGCAACAGUGUCACCAUUUCCACCGGCAAUGGUCCUACGGUUGGCAGCCUGAGCAACAGUUCUUCUACCGGUGGGACUGCGGGAACUUAUCAGGCUACGCGCGAACAGCAGCAAACGAUCUACAACACCGCACACCAGCCUACACACCAAUUACGCCGAGACGAUAUACCGCUCUUGCUCGAACACCAUCAGCAGGAACAUUUGCAUCAUCACCAACACCAACACCACCACCACCACCCGCUCCACCAUCCACAGCAACAUCCGCCCCCGUCCGCUCUUCCACAUCCUCCUCCUGCUGCUCCUACUCUUCCCUCCACCCAAGCUUCUGCGCAUCUUCAUCCACCAGCACUGGUAGCGUCGGUGCAACAGGCUUCGCAAGGACAUUCGCAACAGAACCACCAUCAGCACCACCAGCAAACGAACAGCAGCAGUAUAAUGCCGCAAUCAAACCCAUCAUCGUCCCAUCAGCAGGUGACGGUGGGUCGCGUAGCACCAGCGUCGGUGGCCAGCGCGUCGGCAAGGAUCACUACCACCAGUCACGCACCAACAGUGCAACAACCGCGUACCGGUUCCAACCAUCUUCAUCAGCAGCAGCAGCAGCAUCACCAUUAUGCACCCCAUCCGUACAUGCAGCAUCAGCACGGGAAUCAUCUGCAGCACCGGUCGGCAUCCCCACCAGUACCAACCGGAAGCGUCAGCGUGAUGGCACACCAUCACGCACCGAUGAAUUCGCACGACGGGCCGGCGACAACCGGGCGGGGAUCGGCUAUCAGUACGCCACCACCACCACCACUCCAACCGGCAGUGGACCAACGGAUGGUUCACUCCCAACGGCCGCCAGCUCACUGAGACGGUGC